GGAGGAGAGUAAAUACAACAGGAGCGCAAAAUGGCGGAGCCGCCGAGCUCGGUGCGCUGCGCUGCUACCGCCGCUGCCGUUUCGGAGAAAGACCUGUUUGGCAAGCUGCAGCCCGCCUCCCGGGACCCACCGGGUCCUCUGUCCGCCAAGAAGGUGCGGACUGAGGAGAAGAAGGCGCCGCGGAGACUGAACGGAGAAGGGAGCAGCGGCGGGAACAGCAGGCAGCUGCAGCCGCCGGCGGCACCUUCCCCGCAAAGCUAUGGCAGCUCCACGUCUUGGAGCUUCGCCGCUCUGUCUGCUACCCCCUCCCCGUCCUCUGCUCGGAGCAGUUUUUCUUUCUCCGCGGGCACGGCCGUCCCCUCCCCAGCCUCCGCUUCCUCGUCUCAGCCGGUGCCGCGCAAACUGCUGGUCCCUCCUACGCUGCUGCACGCUCAGCCUCACCGUCUCCUGCCACCCGCCGCUGCCUCUUCGGCCAGCGCCAAGCCGCGCAGACCCAAGGAGAAGCGAGAGAAGGAGAGGCGGAGGCACGGCCUCGGCGGGGCGGAAAAUUUAAUGGAGGAAUUUAAAGUUGGAUUUUCAAAAAGUAUAUGCUAUGACAAGCAAAAAAUUCCAGGAAGAGCGAAAAAUAAACUCAAAGUUAAAGAGAGAGAUAAGGAAAAAGAGAGAGAAAAAAAGAAGCAUAAAGUAAUGAAUGAGAUCAAGAAAGAAAAUGGCGAAGUCAAGAUUUUGCUGAAAAGUGGAAAGGAGAAGCCAAAAACAAACAUAGAAGACUUACAAAUUAAAAAGGUAAAGAAGAAAAAGAAAAAGAAACACAAAGAGAAUGAAAAACGGAAGCGUCCAAAAAUGUAUAGCAAAUCUAUUCAAACCAUCUGCUCAGGAUUGCUAUCUGAUGUUGAAGAUCAUGAAACCAAAGGCAUCCUAAAUGAUAACAUAAAGGAUUACAGUGGAAAGAAUUUGGAUACCAAGAACUAUGAUUCCAAAAUUCCAGAGAACAGUGAGUUUCCAUUUGUCUCAUUAAAGGAGCCACGGGUUCAGAAUAACCUCAAAAGGUUGGACACUUUGGAGUUCAAACAGCUCAUUCAUAUUGAGCACCAGCCUAAUGGAGGUGCAUCAGUUAUCCAUGCCUACAGUAAUGAACUCUCCCACCUGUCUCCUAUGGAGAUGGAGAGGUUUGCAGAAGAGUUUGUGGGUCUAGUGUUCAGUGAAAAUGAAAACUCUGCAGCUUUUUAUGUAAUGGGUAUUGUUCAUGGGGCAGCUACCUAUUUACCUGACUUUUUAGACUACUUUUCAUUUAAUUUUCCCAAUUCACCAGUGAAAAUGGAGAUAUUGGGAAAGAAGGAUAUAGAGACAACGACUAUGUCCAAUUUUCAUGCUCAGGUAAAAAGAACAUAUUCUCACGGUACUUAUAGAGCUGGCCCAAUGCGACAGAUCAGCUUGGUAGGAGCGGUUGAUGAAGAAGUGGGAGAUUACUUCCCUGAGUUCCUUGAUAUGUUGGAAGAUUCACCAUUUUUAAAAUGUACACUGCCAUGGGGGACACUAUCUAGUCUAAAAUUAGAGAAUCGAAAAGAUAGUGAUGAUGGACCCAUCAUGUGGGUACGCCCAGGAGAACAAAUGAUCCCUGUGGCUGAUAUGCCAAAGUCACCUUUCAAAAGAAAAAGAACUACCAAUGAAAUAAAAAACCUGCAGUACCUACCUCGGACUAGUGAGCCACGCGAGAUGCUCUUUGAAGACAGGACCAGAGCUCAUGCCGAUCACAUAGGACAAGGUUUUGAACGACAGACGACAGCUGCUGUUGGAGUGUUGAAGGCUGUGCACUGUGGAGAGUGGCCUAAUCAACCCCGAAUAACCAAAGAUGUGAUUUGUUUUCAUGCUGAAGAUUUUUUAGAAGUAGUUCAACGAAUGCAGUUAGAUUUACAUGAACCUCCACUAUCCCAGUGUGUCCAGUGGGUUGAUGAUGCAAAACUUAAUCAACUGAGGAGAGAAGGCAUUCGCUAUGCCAGGAUUCAGCUGUAUGAUAAUGACAUUUAUUUUAUUCCACGGAAUGUUGUUCAUCAGUUCAAGACAGUUUCAGCUGUAUGCAGUUUAGCAUGGCAUGUUCGGCUCAAGUUAUAUCACUCAGAGGAGGACACUGCUCAGAAUACAGCUACUCAUGAAACAGGCACAUCACGAGAUUCCAUAUCAUCAGUUCUUGGACCUCAUACUGACAUGAUUUGUGCUGUAAGCAAAACCUCCUUGGAGUCUGUUUUUUCAGACAAAUUUCAAUCUAAAUAUGAAGUACAGCAGAUUAAACAUGAACCUAUUGCAUCUGUAAUAAUCAAUGAAGAACCUGUGAAUGUUUAUGUUCCUGAAAAGACUAGAGCACCGAAUAAUAUGGAUGGCAAGAAUGUUAAAGCAAAAUUGGAUCAUGUUCAAUUUACAGAAUUUGAGAUCGAUGUGGACUCCAAAUUUGAAAAUAGCAACAAAGAUUUAAAGGAAGAAUUGUGUCCUGGAAGUCUCAGAAGUCUAGUUGAUACCAGGCAACAUAGUUCAGCACAUUCAAAUCAAGAUAGAAAAGAUGAUGACAUUUUGUGCUAAAUUUGUACAUACCAUCUAAAAUCCUUAAAAAAUACACACACACACAAAACAAUGUAAUAAAGAUUUAUGAAUUCUGAAAGCAAGCCAAGGACUUGCUCCUAAGUCUGUUACAAAAUAUAGUUUGUGUAGCUUUGUAACAUUCCUCAGUGCCUGUCCAUAACUGUGAAGUAUCAAAGCACUUAAGGCCAGAUGCACUGUAAACAUUGCAGGUUUAAACAAUUGGAGUCUUUCAAAAGUCACUAGAGUUGGAGUUGUAGGUUUUAGAAUAGAGCUGACAUUAACAUGUAUGUAUAUAUGUAUGUGUGUGUACAUAUAUAUAUAUAUAUAUAUAUGUACACACACACACACACACACACACAGACAUAUAUAUUUUGUAAUAUGAGCCAGAAUUCUUUUUUGACAAUUUAAGGCUUUUCCAUAGAGCUUAUUUAUACCAAUUUUUUUUUUUCAUUAUAAAUGUGUCAGCACUGUAGUGUAAAUAGCUUUAAAUUUUUUUUAGUGUGAUUUAUACUGAAAUGUGAGCCACUUAAUAAAGGUUCAUAAUAAAUAUGUUUUUUGUUGGGUCUGUAAAAGACAAACUGACAAUUCAGUUAAAUCAUUUAUUUGAUCUAUUAUGUGUCUGCUGGUAUAUCCAUUUAGAGUGGUAAAGGAGUGCAAAUGUAUAUAUUCAAAUCUAGUGAAUAUUUAAAUUCCCCACAUUGUGCAAGCAUUUUUAAAACCAAGAUUCAGUUAUGAAAGCAUAUAUUUAUAUGUGUGUGUAUGUAUGGGAAUAUAUAUGUAUAUCAUAUUUUAUAUAACUUCUUAAAUUGCUGAAUAAGAUGAAUAUGUGAAGUUUCCUAGCCCUGUUCCCUGGAAUACAUUUUAAAAUAUUUAUAUUCAACAUUAAGAAAGCUGUUUAGGUAAUAGAAGUAAUUUUGUAAAGUUGGGAGGAACAAGAUCUGUUAGUGAUAUCUAACCCUUCUAAUUAUGAAGUUUUGUGGCCAGAUUACCAGGCCCUAACAUAAAUUUUCUUUAUAGUGUACAGAAUGAUAGGUUGAGAUUUUCUUACUAAUAGGCACCUAUGCUAUACUUAAUAGUAGCUGACUUUAGUUACAGAAAGUUUAAUUGUGAGCAGUUAAAAUGUUUUUACAUUUUUCUUGCAGAACAGGAGGAAAAUAUGGCAAAUAUAAAAUCUUAAAAUAAGGGCAAUGACUCAGCUGCCGUAUAAAGAGAUAUUUCUAACAGAAUAAGAUGUGUUACCUCUUUUUUCUAAGGACCCCUCUCCCUACCCUAGCAAGGUAAAUAACUUAGAGUAUAGUCGACCCAUGAACAACGUGAGUUUGAACUGCACAGGUCAAUUGAAAAAAUCCCUGAGUGGACCUGUGCGUGCAGUUCAAACCCUUGUUCAAGGGUCAACUGUACUUGUUCAAAAGAAGCUCUAGAAAGUAAAAUUGGAGUUGGAAACAGGAUUGCCAGUGCCUAGUAAAGAUGAUUAAAACAAAUCUGUUCAAUGAUGGAUUUCACUAUUUCAGAGUGCUUCUACUAAUUAAAAGUCAAACAAAUGUCUUUAAUGUAUGCUUUUGAUAUAAGGAACUCUGCUCAUUGCAAAUCUGUUUUAUUUGUCUUUGAUAUUUUUCUGGGCUUAUACUUUGAUGACUUUCAACUGAUGACUGUGCUGCCGUUUGGGCUAGAGUUGCUAUUCCUAUUUCAGUAGUUUCUGCUUCAGCCUCAUUUGUGGUACCCAUAAAACUUAUUUUUCUGGUUAGGGAGAAGCCACUUAGAAAGAGGCAUUUCACCAGAAAAAAAUUGUAGCAGUGAUAACAUUUCUAGCCCCAGUUUAAAAGAGUAGACAAAUAUUUUAGGAAAUCUCGAUGGUUUGUAGGAAAUCAGUAUAUUUGCAGCAUAGGAAUUUUCAUGGGAUAAGGAAGGUAUAAAUCAUAAUAAUGUAAAUAGCGUCUUUGUUUUAUAUGUUACCAUCUUAUCCUACUCACCACUUUAAUCUUCUCUUUUUAACUAAAUUUAUGUAUUUGCAUCUACCAUUUUGAGAGACACAAUUCAUAUCCAGUAUUGAGAAAUAGAAGAGGAUGUUUUUCUUUUUUAAUUGAAGGGUGAUAUAUUUAACAAGAUUUGUUUUAGUUCUGAUUUCCAGUAGCAUACACAUAGAUAGAUGAUACUAUAAUAAAAUAUUUUUAGGGUAUCCCUCCAAAAUAUGUAAGCCUUAAACUUUUAAAGAUAUAUCUAAAACAAUAGUGGUUGCUUUUAGGUAUAGUUUCCUGUAUAACCUAUAGUCAUACUUUUCCCUCUUGAAAAUUUGUUUUGUACAAUGCAUACAUCCUUCUGGAGGUGAAAUAUAAAUCAGUAGAUUUAGAUUUCCAGAUACAGCCUUGUCACCUUGAAUAAUGCUUAUGUUCUUUGUCUUACGGGUUGUAAUUUAAAAAUCCUCUUCAGAUGUAAUCUGAGAACUUGUUAACUACCUUUGGUACACACAAAUUUCUAUUUCGAUACUGCAUUAUAUUAAUGGUUUCCUGGUUAGUACAUUCCAGUUCUUUAUCUGAACACAAGUUUUUUGCUGUUAUUUCGUUACUUGGACCAGAACAAUAAAACACUUGAGAUAUAGUUUCUAUAUGAUCUUAUACUAUAUAGAAUAGUAGUUAUGUAAAUUAUUAAAUUGAUACACAGACCUUUACAAAAAACUAAGGUACCUCAGUGGUGUCUGCUACAGUGCUUUUUUUUCUUUCUUUUUUUUUUAAUUUUGUUCAUAUCCUUGGAGCUAUCUAAGUAAUAAAUAUUCCAUACUCAGGUUAGCUGGUUAGCUAGCAAAAUUAAGCAUUUGUGAUAAUUAGAUGAAAACUUUUCAAAAGCCAUAUUCAUUAUCUUCCUUGUCACUUAAGGCUGUUGACCUUAAAUAAAGAUUAGGUUGAUCUAGCACAACACUGUGUGUGUGUUAGCACACAUGCACAUGUGUGUAUAAGAGUAUUGGAAAUAUUUAUGUUUGUUUCCACAUAUAUUCAUUUUUAAUCCAUUCUGUAACUGGUGGGGAAAGGGGUCUUGGAGGGUAGGAAAGAUUUUAUUUUUGGGUUAAGUCUUCAAGGUAUUUCAUUAGUGUUCCAGAGUGUAAAAUUAUUUUUUUCUCAAACACAUAUGGCAGAUAAGAUCAUUUUUGUAAAUAAUAGAUUAGCACUAUUUUCAUAAAUUUGCAUUCAGUUAUUUUUUUGGACAAGUUCAUUGUCAUGUAAAGCAAAUCUAAAAAUUCAUUUUACAUUUAGCAAAGGUGCAAGAUUUGUUUUUGAAAUUUGAGAGGAAUUUUCCUUGUCUUCCACCUUUCAAUAAAUACUAAAAUUGAUAACCAUA